AUGGCUCUCAACGUCCCCGGAGUGGCCGUUAUGAUGCUCUUCUACCUGCUGGUCCUCGGGAUCGGCAUCUGGGCUUCAGUCAAGUCCAAAAGGGAAGCCAAGAAGGGCCAGGGGGAUAAAACGGAGAUGGCGCUGCUGGGCAACCGGGGCAUCAACCUGGUGGUCGGCAUCUUCACCAUGACAGCCACAUGGGUUGGAGGUGGAUUCAUUGUGGGCACAGCAGAGGCAGUGUACAACCCCUCCAUGGGACUGAUCUGGGCCGUCAUGCCAAUCGCAGCAACCAUGUGCUUCAUCAUUGGCGGCCUGUUCUUCGCCGAGCCCAUGAGAAACAAUAAGUACGUGACCAUGAUGGAUCCUUUCCAGAUCAAAUACGGAAAAGUACCGACGGCCGCUCUUUCUCUGGCUUCACUCGUAUCGGAGAUUAUGUGGGUGACGGGAACACUCAUAGGAUUAGGUGUAACCAUGAGUGUGAUCCUGGAUUUGUCGUACACUGUGAGCAUCUGGAUUUCUGCUGCCGUGGCCAUCACCUACACCCUGCUGGGAGGCCUCUACUCUGUGGCCUACACAGAUAUCAUACAGCUCAUCCUCAUCUUCCUCAGCCUGUGGCUGUGCGUCCCCUUCGCCCUAAUGAACCCCGCCGUGUUGGACAUCACCGAGACAGCCUACAACUACACCUUCCAGUCUCCGUGGGUCGGCACCCUGGAGGCAGACCGAGCCUGGAGGUGGAUCGACAACUUUCUACUUCUGGGUUUGGGGAACUUGGGUCUGCAGAACUUCCACCAGAGGACGCUGUCAGCCACCUCCUCAGCCACAGCCAAGAUCACCUGCUUCGCUGCCGCCUUCAUCGUUCCCACGUUAGGCAUCCCUCCCAUACUCCUCGGUGCUGUGGCUGCAUCAACAGACUGGAACCUGACUUCUUAUGGCUCUCCGUCUCCGUCCGGACGUGGAGAGACGGGACUCGUCCUGCCCAUCGUCCUGCAGCACCUCACCCCAACCUACAUCUCCAUCGUCGGCAUCGGGGCGGUGGCCGCCGCCGUGAUGUCAUCCACUGACUCGGCCUUGCUGUCUGCAGCCUCCAUCUUCACCUCCAACAUCUAUAGGAACAUCCUGAGGACACAGGCGUCAGAGAAGGAGAUCCAGUGGGUGAUCCGGGUCUCAGUGGUGGUGGUGGGUCUGGCCGGCACCUCCCUCACCUUCCUGGACAACAGCGUCCUGAUGAUCUGGAUGCUGCGAUCCGACCUCACUUACACCCUCAUGCUGCCGCAGCUCGUCUGCAUCCUCUUCUUCAAGGUCUCCAACGGUUACGGGGCCGUUCUGGGCUGCGUGGUGGGCAUGCUGCUGCGCGUGUUGUGCGGGGAGCCGCUGCUCGGGAUACCACCCGUUCUCCGCUUCCCAGGAUGCACUCUGGUGAAUGGCGUUUACGUCCAACGCUCCCCAAUCAGGACCAUCUGCAUGCUGUCUGCUUUGGUGUCCAUCUUGUUGUUCUCCUACCUGGCAGCUCUGCUCUUCAGCAGAGGCCUGAUUCCUGAGAAGUGGGAUGUUUUUAACGUUAAAGCUGAAUACUCGGCACAGACACAAGGUGGCGCCAAAUCCGACACUAAGGACAGGAACUCCAAAGAACAAAGUGAGGACAAUGAAGUGUGUGAGCCCAUGCUAGAAUCAACAUGUUAAGUGAGAAAUAUUAUUUGAAUUACAUUUUUAUACAUUUUUCAUCAGUAUGGAGUGGCUUAAGAACAAAGGUAUGUACUGUGUAAUGACAUACUUUUAAUAGUACAAUAUAUUUUGAAUUUUUGUAUAUUUUUGUAUAUUGUACGUCUACAGUGUAUGAAAAAGCAUCACAUCUAUGCUCUUUGUUGUUAUUAUAAGAGCUCAGCGUUUUCUCUGCAGUUUUUUGCAGCAGUGAUACCUUCAAGCACUAACAGCUU